UAAUACGUUGUCUAUUAGCAGCUCGUUCUCUCUUCCUUAUAUACACGGACGGUGAAUCACUUCAUGAGAGCCGUCUGUGAUGCUAUCCGCUGAUUAUGAUAGCGUUAUUGCAUCUGAAGAUAGUCAUGUGAGCCGCGCAUUGCACCAAAUCAAGACAAAAGUGCUGGACCAGGUAUCUCCUUGGACAAACUACGCGCCUAUGGAUGCAGUGUUAACGUUCCCUCUUGUUCUUCUUUCACCGUCAUGCACACGCUGGCCUGGUCGUCUUUAAACGCCUGUCUGCAUGGCUGAUCAAGCGGGUAUAAUUACGGGAAGUUAUUGGUUACAGUGUUCCGCAUGUAUCACCCUUACUGAACUCAAAAGUCACUUUGACUUUGAGGCAUAAACUGUUCUUUGGAGAAUAAGAACAGUAGAUUGUGAUGUGUGAAACAAGGGCUACCAAUACAACUGGAAGAAUCUAUUGAAAGCAGUCGCAUCGCAAAAAUCAAAUCAUCUUUUGAUACACGACGUUGAUGGAAUCGGAAAAGUAAUAAUGAAAGUUGGAUAUCUACAUGUCACAUGGAAAUAAUACGACGGAUGUUUGCUUAUCUUGAAGCCGGAGAGAAGAUAAUCUACCUCAAAGCGUCGGAAUCAAUCUCAAUUGUGAUAAAACAUGGCAAAAAGCAGGUUUCCGUGGUUGACGUGUGGCUUAUUUUUCUUACUUGUACUUAUAAGAAAAGUUCAUCUUUCAGCAAUAUACCCCAAUAAUACUACAGAAUAUGAAGCAGCAACAAAAUCCCACAAAUAUGAAACGUUCACGGCGGCUCCUUUCACGGCGGCUCCUGACGUCACAGAAAGUUCAUCAUCAUCCACGAGAAGGAAAGAUGUUACCACCAGCUCCCCUUCACCGUCCACGCAGUUGCCAACAUCAAAUACACCCUACGCUAAUGCAACAGAAACGUAUUGGGAGGAGUUACCCACAAUUGAGGUGGAAUUCACCACGGAACUCACUUUUACAGAAACAGUAACAGAAAUUGUAGUGGAGGGAGAAGAAAGUUAUGAUAUACGAACUCAUGCGCCGGCUUCGGGCGGCUUAAAACAGUAUACAGCUAACAGUAAUGUAUCACUUUCUCAGGGUGUAGAUAAAGGCAGGACUUUACAAAAUGGUAGUGGGUUGUUCUUGUCGGAGGAUGUCCUUAGCACGGACGCCACUCCAACACUCGCAACACGUCGGCCGUCCCUUCCGAAGGAUAGCCCCGAGACGUUAAUCGCACUCACUGAGGCGGCGUGGGGGCGGUUAGGGUUCACCAGGGAGGCCAUGGAUUCACCUCUAGGCGAGUUCUUCAAAUACUAUAGUGUAUUCCCGUACGCGGAUGAGAAAGGAUUCACAAGAACGUGGAAUAUUCGAGGAGACCAAGGUCCAAGAGGGCAUCCUGGGAGAAGAGGGCCAAUGGGAAGCAUGGGGUAUUAUGGCAACAGGGGACCUCCGGGUGAAAAGGGGAGACAGGGUUCACCGGGCCCAGACGGUGAAACAGGAAGGAGGGGGUAUAGGGGUGAAACGGGCCCGCUUGGUUAUCACGGUAACCACGGUCAACCAGGGUUUCCAGGCAUUAAGGGUGAAAGGGGACAUCCAGGGAUUCAUGGCUACAGCCCGAAGGAAGGACCCAAAGGUCAUGCAGGUAUCCCAGGCCCACAAGGUCUUCUUGGACCACCAGGGGAAAAGGGUGACAUCGGACCGGCAGGAGGUCGAGGAGAAAAGGGCACUCUGGGAUUGCGCGGUGAACAAGGACAUCCGGGACCUCAAGGUGUAGAAGGACCACAGGGUAUUCAUGGAGUCGGGGGAUCAACGGGGCCUAAAGGAUCAUCGGGAGAUAAAGGCGCCCCAGGACCAGUUGGGCCACCUGGUGAAAUCGGCAACGAUGGAUCGAUGGGACCAUCCGGUUUGCCUGGACAACGAGGUUUUCAGGGUUUUCCUGGAAUUCGAGGUUCACCGGGCAAACCGGGACUGGACGGACAGCCGGGCAUGAACGGUUACCCAGGAAAUGUUGGACCGCAAGGUGAAGAUGGUGCUAUAGGUCCUAUAGGAGAAUCAGGUCCCAUUGGAACACACGGACCUAAGGGACAGCCUGGUGACCAAGGACUCCAGGGGUCAAAAGGUGAAAAGGGCAGUCGUGGCAGAAGGGGAUCCCAGGGGGACGAAGGCCAUCGUGGACCACCGGGUGACCUUGGAAUGCCGGGACAAGCUGGAGAGACCGGAGAUGAAGGAGUAGCUGGUGAAGAAGGCGAUGAUGGAGUACCAGGGCGUAAGGGUGAUCAUGGACCAAGGGGACUGAUCGGGGAAACCGGUGUUAAAGGUCCUCCUGGUCCACAUGGGUCAAAGGGUCCUCGUGGUGCAAACGGACCAAGGGGCGAAUUAGGACCAAAGGGGCAGACGGGAGACCAAGGGCGACCCGGUGGACACGGUCAUAGAGGUCCUGAGGGUUCAAAGGGUAAAGACGGCAGACGAGGAAAGAAAGGAGACGAAGGCGAUCAGGGUGGAAAAGGAGAACACGGAAUACCUGGGGUAUCAGGUGAAAAGGGUGCUGUUGGGCCGCCAGGGAGAAUUGGAACCACCGGACCAGUUGGCCCUGCUGGAGAUGGCGGUAUACCAGGUAGAAAUGGACCACCAGGACUCAAAGGACACCAGGGAUUCGAUGGGUCACCAGGAUCACCAGGCCCACCAGGACCAAUGGGACCAGAGGGUAACACAGGACAGAAAGGAAGACCAGGACAAGCUGGAGAUCCAGGCGCAGUGGGGAUUCAAGGGCAUGGAGGUGAAAAUGGACCGACUGGACUCCCAGGGCGAAAGGGUUCGACUGGUGAACCCGGACUAUUGGGACCUGCGGGUGAACAGGGUGGACGUGGACAGAAAGGAACGACAGGGGAAAAAGGAUCAGUCGGCAAGCGAGGUAUCGAUGGUGCACUCGGAGAUGAAGGACCUGCAGGGGGAGAGGGUAUCGAUGGGUUACCAGGCCCACCCGGAUCUCACGGGAAAAUAGGUUUAAUGGGACUACCAGGUAUACCAGGGUAUUUCGGCCAGUCGGGAGGAAAGGGAGAAAAGGGUGAGAAAGGAAAAGUCGGAUCUGAUGGACGAGAUGGCGAUCGAGGAUCAAGGGGAACAAGAGGACCGCAUGGGGAAUUGGGCAAACAAGGAUCAGCAGGAAACAAGGGUUUACCUGGCAUACAAGGUCUUCAGGCAGACAGGGGGGACUCUGGAGACAGUGGACCGACUGGAAGCUAUGGGGUAACCGGUGAGAAAGGGAUGCCAGGAUUCAAGGGAGAAUCGGGGAUAGUCGGAAAACCAGGACAUAACGGAUAUUCAGGUGAUAAGGGAGCAACAGGCGAGAGAGGGCGGAAAGGUGAUCCAGGAUAUCGGGGAAAUCAAGGUCCUAUUGGUCGGCAAGGCAUCAACGGGGAAAGGGGAGACAGUGGCCCUGCAGGGGAGCGCGGUCUUCAUGGACUCCAUGGCACACCAGGUGAACCAGGAACAGCGGGCUACCAAGGCACACAAGGAACUAAAGGAGAAGACGGAGAUCAAGGACCAACGGGACAAUUAGGUGAAGGGGGAACUGCAGGAACGAGUGGAUACAUUGGUGUUCCGGGCCCGGCCGGUGGACCUGGAGAACCAGGCCUUGCGGGGGACGAUGGAGCAAUCGGUGAAGAUGGCUUACCGGGCCCUCAAGGACCAUUUGGGCUUCCAGGUAAUCUGGGUCACCAUGGGCCACCUGGACCUAAAGGACCACUUGGACCACAAGGUCCACAGGGACUGAUGGGUGAAACAGGACUCCUAGGGGAGAAAGGACUACCAGGAACUCGGGGAAGACCGGGAUCUAAAGGACAACAAGGCACCAACGGGUGGAUAGGAGAAGCGGGCAGUCCUAGUCCACCGGGCCUGCCUGGCACAGAUGCACCGAAAGGACAACAGGGAACACCCGGCUUAGAAGGUGUAAAAGGAAGUCUGGGUUAUGCUGGUAGGAACGGAGAGAGGGGACCCCGCGGACCACCAGGAGAGACAGGUGAAACAGGAAACUCGGGCCCACGUGGAUUUACUGGACAAAUAGGACUAACGGGAACCAGCGGUAAUCAGGGUGAAAUGGGUCCAGAAGGGCCAAAGGGGCCACUUGGAAACCUCGGCGAUCAGGGUGGUAAUGGUGAACCAGGAAUUCUAGGGCUUCAAGGUUUCAAAGGCCCACCGGGAUAUCUUGGUGAUGUGGGAGAUCUCGGUUUUCGGGGAGUCAAGGGACGAAUCGGAGAGGCGGGUUCUAUUGGGGCAAGAGGUCCUGCAGGCUUUCCUGGGCUGCAAGGAAUUCUUGGUCAAUUCGGCAUUCAGGGUCCAAGAGGAGAUAUGGGAGAAAAAGGCAGACUGGGUGAUCCUGGAUACCCUGGCCCACCGGGUUCUCCUGGUGGCUACGUGGGCGAAUUUGUUAAUGACGCAGAUGCUUUAGCCUCUCUUUUACAUUAUUUCUUCGUUUUACCAAGACCAAAACAUAUAGGAGACGUGGACGUAAUACAUAUGAUGAAGUAUUUAUACCGGUAUAUCGAGGGUAUGAAGCACCCAUUGGGCACCCAAGAUCUCCCUGUCAGGACGUGUCGAGACUUACUGGAUUGUCAGCCAGAUAUGGACGAUGGAGAGUAUUGGAUCGAUCCUGAUUUGGGUUGCUGCACUGAUGCGGUAAAGGUUUACUGCGGACUGGCUGCCGGUGGCUACACGUGUCUCCUAUCACGAGACACAAGUACGCUGGAUUAUGACAUCAGUAAGCCUCAGCUCAACUUCCUACAUCUCUUGAGCUCUACAGCGUUCCAGGAAAUCACCAUCCACUGCAAGAACGUACCUGUGUGGAGAAAUCGGAGGGGAGGUUACGAGAACGCGCUGACAUUCCGCGGUUGGAACGGAGUCUUCUUUUCGUACACCGGCCAAAGACCAGAAAUUUUAGAAGACAAUUGCCAGCUUGAGGAUUCAAAAUGGAGGACCACACGCUUCGUAUUCCGCGUUCAUGACGUCCAUAGGUUACCAAUCGUUGACAUCGUUACUGACCCGGAAGUGCAUCGGAUAUCGGAAAAUCAUGGUUUUAAAAUAGAAAUUGGACACACAUGUUUUGACUGAAAGUGAAGAAAUAUAUAUAAAGGGGAUUAUUUUUCACUUCUUUCCAAGAAAUUUGUCAAACUUGCACUUUUCAGGGAAAGAGAAAUUAAAACAAAAUGCCAGCAUAUUUCUCAAACGAAAAAUAUAUCGAGUUUUGUUAAAAUUUACAUAAAUGAGGUUAACCAUCAAGUAAUAUUCAUCUUUUAGUAAUUGUUACUGUCUUAUGACAAGUGGGUGAAGAUUGUGGUAUAUCAAGGAAUGAAGAGCCGAAUACAGCAACAUUGUUGAAUGCUUUUUUAACAUUCCAUAUCACGUAAAAUUGUUAUUGUAGUUUUUUUAAUGCAGUCUUGAAAGUGGCAAGUUUUUAUUAUCAUCAUUUAUUAUUCGUCCUUAUUGUAGCUGUUAAAAGAUUUGCGAGGAUAUCUUUAAGACAAUAGGAUUAAUUGUAUGAUAUGAUUCCUUUGUUCGAAUUCCUAAAGCCUUAACGUCUUUGUCGCAGGUAAAAUUACUCCAAAAAAAAUCUAGGUAUUGAUAGGUCAGUCGAUAAAUGUUUUCAUUUUAUCCUAAGUAGACCUACCUUGACAAUUUUAGUGGCUUGAAUAAUCUGUUUUAGCUUUUAAUUACGGAUUUCAUACUUCAGUUCAAUAAUAAAUUGCAAAGUACAAUGUACUACUUUCUUUCUCUUGCCAAAUAUUUUUUCUUCAAAAGUUUGUAUGAAAACUUUUGAGAUCCUAUUUAUCUAACUAUAAAAUAUAAUUUCUUGGUGCUGUUACAUUAUCUCAAUUCAUUUGAUAAAAUAUGAUGUCAAAUUAUUGCUCUUGAAUAAGAUGGAAAAAAGACGUGUAAGUGUGAUUGUGGUGCUAUAUAUAUUUUCGUAAAUGUCACAUAACUUUAAAUUAGUUAUUAUAGACUUCAUACAUUUCUACUAUGGUGCUAACUGACCGACACUUAUUAGAGGUCACAACUUUGUAAAAUAGUUUCUCUUCGCUGUUAAAAUGUAUUAUACUGAAACUCUGUGCUGUGAAUGAACUUGAUAGAUUUUUACUUUCCUUUUUUGUAUUGAAUCAUAUCGUGCCAUUAAUUAUAGCUAGAAAUUGACCAUGAUGAAGGAAAUAUAUUCACAUUGACGAUGGCUGGCGAUUUUAUGUAGUGCAUAGAAUACAGUAGGCCUACAACCGCAUCAAAUUACCGAUUUUUGUACAUUUUGAAAUCAUGGAAGAUGUAUUUAUGUUUCUGUUUCUUUUUCGAUGAGCGCAAAAAUAAGAGUCCCUAAGCGUAGCAAAUUAAAGGCCUACGUGUAGUUACAUUUAAGCGCAAAUAGAUUAUAAAAUGCACGUCUGCAAACGAGAAAGUACAGCUGCCCGGAGUUUUGAUUUUGAUUUUGUUUUCUAUGGAAGUCUUGUUUCUAGUCGUCGGUAUCUGACGGUUGAUUUUUUUUAUUGAUACAGGGUACGUGCUGGUACAGUUGUACAUGUAUCUAUUUUAGUGUGCUUUAGUAGGUACUUUUAGAUACUGUGAUAGGUGGAUAAUUAUGCGCGUAUAUAUUAGAAUAUCAUCAUAGGAUGACCUUAGAUAGUUCCACACAGUAGAUGUAGUCGUUUACGUUUUGGAUUUAUUUUGAUACGAUGUACAGAUUUCACUAUCUCUUCUGAUUUUGUUUUUGUAAAGGCAGUUGCUGUAAUAUUAAUUGUAGGUGUGUAGCAUGGUUAGACAGCAUGUUAUGUUUUUUUUUUAUUACUGUGUACGUAUCAGUUGUAAAUGUUUUAAAUUAUGUCGUGAGAAGGCGCGAUAAAGCUACCCUUUCCUCUCUGUGUAUAUUUCAAAGAAAACCGUGUAGUUGAAAAAUCGCCUGUAAGAUCCCUCCUUACUUUUUUCUUUUUGAUGAUUUAUAUUUUGAUAUUCAGUUAACAACUAAAUUAUUCAUACCAUAACCAAGUUUGGUAAUUUGUUAAAUAUGUGACAAAUUAAUUCGUCCAGAUUUAUGUUUCGUGAGAUGAAUCUGACAUAUAAAAGCUUACAUCUAACAGUCUUCAACACAGACCCUCAUUGAACAAGUCCACCUUUCAUUCUUAAGUAACGAAAAACACAUCGAAUUUUUUUUUUUUACAAGAGGUAUGAAUAAUUUAGUUGUUAACUGUAUGCCGUGUGUAAGUUCUAAAUCUUACUGUAAGCUAAGUGGACCAGAUGUACAAAUAUUCAACACUAUUCAACAUUAACUGUAAGAGUAUGUGCUCAUGUAUUAUGGGAAGAUCUUUAGGACUAUUCUGGAGCUGAAUUUCUCUACCUCAUUAGGAAAAUUUACAGAAAAUUGCUGCAUAUACUUUACAUACCAAUUCUGUUUAUAUUUAGAAUUGUGUUAUCCUAUAAGGGCCCCAUUCUUGUGUGAAUUAUAUUAAUAUUUCUCUACUUUAAAAAAAGUAAUUAAACCCUACAUCUGUCAAAAUGUCUAGAAUUUAUCAAAAAAGGAAAAUGCAGAGUGACCCCAAAAGUUAACGUUAUUUUGAAAGCGACUCCAAUUCGUUAAAUGCCUAUUUUAUUUGCCAUCAUUUACACUUUGCCAAAGAUUAAGAUGGCCCAAGUGACGUUUCGAUCAUAAGAAAGUUCGAAAUAGGUCAAGGAUUAUUUUAUGGUUUAAUAUUUUCAUGGCAAAAGUAUGCCUUUUGACCUUCCUAAACCUAAAGUUAUGUUUAAAAGAAGCAUUUCCUUUUAAGAAGAACAGCAGAAUAUUCUAGUAACACAUUAAUAUCUGUUUCAAGUCGCUGGAAUUAGUGUUUUUCUUAUCUGGGAGAGAAAGAUCUCUGACUUUCUAUAGGUCUGUAUAGAUUUGACAAUGAGAAUAGUGUUUGUGUUACAAUAUGUAAUGGAUUGUUCCAGUUUUAUUUGUUGAUAAAUAGAACAAACAAAGUGAUUUUCA